AUGGAUUGGUUUAACAGUGACCAACGACAGAUGGACGAUUUCGUCAACUCCAACAACUGGCAAUUGCCGCCGACACCCAACCCAAAUGCAACGCCUAGUCUCAGGUUGCCUACCAACAUGGACAUGGAAUCGCCAGUUAGCACUAAUGAGUACGAGAUCAGCGAUAUGGAGCCCGCUCAAGGGAGGGGCAAGGGCAAGGGCAAGGUUGCCGAUGAGGAUGGGCCGAAGAAGUAUAGUCCGCAGGAGACAAUGUGGCUGGCCAAGAACUUUGUCGACGUCUCCGAGGACGUUGUGAUCGGCAACCAGCAAAGCGGCAAAGUAUUCUGGCAGUGGAUUGCAGAGAAGUAUAACGCUGGUCGACCUGACGGCUCAUUCGAGCUUACAUACGUGAAACUAUGCAAGCAUUGGGGUCGGGUCCAGGCGGAGAUGAACAAGUGGAAUGGCAAGUGGACUAACGUAGUCCGGAUGUGGCCGAGCGGGCACAGCUAG